UGACAAUCAUGUAAUAUUCUCAUUAUUGGGGGUUAAAUGUGGUUUUAUUUUAUUUUCCCCAUUUCAAAAGUGUUUCGUGUGGUUAUGGUUAGUUAUUAGGCGGGCCGCGGGAGUGAAGUUUAUGGCUACAAUGGCUGUUUCCUUGUUCAUGGCUGCUAACAGCAUUGUGAAGUUAAACUUCCCAAUUGUUGUAAAGAAUGUGCCUAUUGAAUCCUUUCGUGUUUUCUUGAAGCCUGUGCGUUGUCUUCCUGUACAGCAACAGGCUGAGUCUGGAAUCUUGUGCGAGCCUUGUGGUGGCACUGGAUGGUUACUUUGUGAUUUUUGUAAAGGGCAAAAGACCAAUGUGAAAUCUGAGACUAACAAAAUUUACCGUCGAUGUCCAUCAUGUAGAGCUGUGGGAUACAUAUUGUGCUCAAAAUGCAAAGUUUUCAAAUGCGUUACUUUCCCAAAUUAUGAAGAUGGUGAAGUCCUCAGCUUUUGAACUCGCAAGUUCAUCUCAGUUGCUAUAUAUCUCGAAUAUUCAUUUUGACCAAUUACCAUAGAUAUAAUUUUACUGACUGGAGUUGCUAUGUAAGUUUACCUGAUAUGUUUACUCUUUCGAUAAUCAGUAUAAAGAAAAAGAAAACAGCUGUGAGAUUUCAGGCGUUAAAGAGAUGUGUACACUGACUUUUAUAGUCCUCCAGA